CCACACCAAACCUCGUUGAUCGCGCGUUGGUCUUGGACCAUUGAACAAUGUUGAAAGAGUAGUCUUGCUCAGCAACUGGCUGGCCAGGCCAUACUUCGAAAGCCAUGCGCCAAACUUGCUUAGCGAACUGAUUCGUAGCCAUUCAGUCUUACUUUCACAUUCGUCGCGUUCGGUCGAUCUUAGUCCGCGGUAGUUGGUCCUAGACUCACGCGUUGCGUUGUUGGGGUCGUUCGAGUGUUUGGUUGUAGAUCGGUUUCCUGAGUGGCUGUGGACGGACGAUUUGUGUGCCAAAUUUUUGUUCUCCGCUACAGAGCGCCACCGACGCAUGAAAAGGAACCAUUCCCCGCAUCGGUACGCGGUAGUCGUUGCUUUCUGUGAGUGAGCAUGAUCUUGAAGGUCGGCGCACCGAUUUGCUGCAUGACUGAAGGCGACGACGACGACCGUAGAAGACCGGUUGCCGUACCACGACACGAGUGCAAAUGAGCUAGACUAGGAGGAGAGACUGACUAAGCUAAGCAGCGUGUUUCUGGUUGUUGCUGGCUGCUGCUACAUAUUACGAUCAAUGUGCAAAGUGGAGGUGUUAUUAUAUGAAAGAUAUACGAAUAAAAAGUGAAUUAACGAGUGAGUAAAAGAAGGAAAAAAACAUCAGCAGGAAACUGGCUAAUCGUGGCAGCAAAGGCGACGACUACGGAGUGUCUUGAAUCCAAUCGUUCAAUGAUGCUCGGACGGCGACGAACCACCACCACCACCGGUGUUGGUUUGUUGUGGGCUUCCGUUAUCAUCGUUAUCAUCGGCGUGAGUGAGUUCGCCAGCGCGGAGUACAUUCCACCGGGGCCCAAGUAUACCUGUCCGGAAAAAUCUAAACUCAUCUACCCAUGCGUGUGCACUCGCGGAACCGACGAUGGCAUUUUCAUCAGCUGUGAGAACUCCAACCUGGCCAGUCUGUCGGUGGCAUUCAUCAAUCUGGCCAGCUUGAAUGUACCCAUCGAAGAGCUACAUCUGAAACGGUGCAAGAUCAGAAAUCUCUUCGGUACUCUACUUCACAAGCUAAGCGUGAAGCGGCUGUACGUGCUCGAUACCCCAAUUGCCAGUAUCAGAGAGCAUGCAUUUUAUGGAAUCAACGAUACCUUGUUGGAGUUGCAUCUGGUCAAAAGCGAGCUGGACGGUUUUCCUGGAGAUGCGAUGAAAAUUCUAGGACAUCUGAAGGUACUGAACAUCGAUGGACAUCGGAUCGAAAACUUGCCCAAGGGUGUGUUCGGCGGGAUGACCUUCGAUGGUUCGUUGGAAAAGAUGCAUAUCGUCAAUGGGCCGCUUAGCGAUAUGGGUCAGGAUAUUUUUAUGUCCUUCAAGAAGAUCAGAACGCUGGACAUAAGUGGCAACCGGUUGGUGUCCUUGAAAAAGGGUCAAUUCAAGGGUCUCCGAGAGGCGGAAAUCCUCGACCUGAGUCACAAUAACCUCACCAAGUUAGAUGCCUCUCACGUGUCCGAUCUAACCAAAAUGACCUGGAUCAAUGUGUCGCACAAUGCCCUGACGGAAAUUACGAGGGGUACCUUUGCUCGUAAUGCGGUGCUGAGGGUGUUGAAUAUGGCAUUUAACAACAUUAAAAAGAUCGAUUCGAACACAUUUAGAGGAAUGAGGUUUUUGCGGAGGUUGUACCUGCACGAUAAUAUGAUUAGCGAUGUUGGACGAGGAACGUUCGGGUCGGUCACGCGAAUUGGAACGAUUGAUCUGGCCCGGAAUCGGAUCAAAAAGGUGGACUACCAGAUGUUCUUCCAGUUGAAUUAUGUUGAGAUAAUCAACUUGGCUGAAAACGAGAUUGUUGAAAUACAGAAAGACUCCUUCAAAGAUCUGUACCUCACCCACAUCAACAUAUCGUACAAUCGGUUGGAAACCAUCGAACCCAAAUCAUUCAUCAAUUGUGCUAACAUGACUGUGCUGGAUUUGUCCCACAAUUUGAUUAAGAGCAUUCCUCGCAAUGCUUUCGAUGAAACGACGUAUGCUUCAGAAUGGAUUCUAACACACAAUCUACUUACAAACAUGUCUCAGAUACCCCUGUCUAACAUGACUGGGCUGCGAGUGCUCAACGCUUCAUACAACAACAUCAUAGAUAUUCCAAAGAAUACGUUUCCCAAGCUAUACGAACUACAUACCAUCGAUGUUGCACACAACAACAUUUCCCACAUCUACAAUGCCGUUUUCCAGAAUCUCUUGUCUCUACGAAUUCUGAAUCUCAGUAAUAAUGCACUGGAGAAGAUAGGCCCAUCAACUUUCGGAACCUUGCAUACACUGCUCGAGAUGGACCUGAGCAACAACUACCUCAAAGACAUCACCCGUGGAGCUCUGGCCAAAAUCAGUGGUCUGCGGUUCCUCCAUAUGGCUCACAACAAACUGGAAAAAAUCUUCCAAAUCCCGAUCUCAUUGAACCAGCUUAACCUAGCCCAUAACGAAAUCAGCGAAAUUCCCGACAAAACGUGGCCCACUAUGAACUCGCUGCUUUCACUCGAUCUCAGUUAUAACAAGCUCCAGAACAACCUCCAACGAGGAAGCUUCUUCGGUUUACUUACACUCCAGCAUCUCAACCUGGAAGCAAACGAAAUCUCGGAAAUUCCCCGAGACAGCCUUGCGGACCUGGGAACCAUGCAGUACCUCUACCUGAGAGACAACAACAUCACAAGUCUUACGAAGGCUGCCUUCGGCAAACUUCCGAUCCUGUUCGAGCUCCAGUUGAUGAACAACGGGCUGAACCAGGUCAGUGAACGAGCUUUCGACGGCCUUUUGCAGUUGUUGAACCUGAACAUGUCGAACAAUUUGCUAAGGUCGAUCCCAAAUGACGCCUUCCACGGGUUGGUAUCUCUUCGGAAAUUGGACGUUUCCUACAAUUUGCUGAGCACUUUGGAUAACAAAACCAACGGAUUACUAGACGAUUGUUUGAGUUUGGAAGAGAUUGACCUUAGUCACAACCGGUUCAGCUUUAUAACGAAGAAGACCUUCCCCUCGAACCCGUACAUCCCGUACAGACUCAGAAAAGUCAACCUCAGCUACAACACAAUGUCCAUAGUGACCCACGACCUCAAGCUGGGCACCAAAACGGUGACGGAUUUGAACCUGUCGCAUAACAACAUCAAAGACGUUCGGCCGGGAGUGUUCGGAAACCUGACCUCACUCCGGUCGUUGGAUAUAUCCUACAACGAACUGGUCAAGAUGGAAAGUGCUGUGUUCAACAUGCCGGAGAACUUUUCCGAGUUGAUUGCGCACAACAAUCGGAUAUGGAACGUGAGUUACGAUAGCUUGCUAAAGUUGAAGCAUCUGACGAUGCUGGAUCUGCGGGGGAAUGAGAUUCGUACUUUCGAGACGGAGCUGGUCGAUAAGAUGAAGACGUCUGCUUUGAAGGUGCUGUUCGAAGGAAACCCACUGCACUGCGAUUGCUACACUCGCCCAUUGUUCAACUACUUGAGAAACCUGCCAUCGGUCCCGGAAGCGUACCAGAACAUCCGCUGUGCGGAUCCCGCCACCGUAUCCGGCACAUCACUCUUCAACAUCCGUGACGAACUGCUCGUGUGUGUUCCCGCAGCCAGUCUGGAAAUCUACCAGCUGCUGCCUGAUUUGCGGUUCCGCGAAGUUGCUUAUUUCCGCGGUCAACUGAUUGUCCACUGGUACGUUACGACCACCAAAGACAUCGGUGACUUCUACGUGUACAUCCGCGAUCGACAGAACAAUAUCAUAUUCGAGCGGGUGGUGGCGUACAGUGGCCGCCUGACGGCCAUAAACGGCGCGGAUAUCAAUCCGACGGGGACUUCGCCGCUGGAGGUGUGCGUGCUGGCCAAGAGCAGUAGCGAAGAGAUCAACUUCCUCGACUCGCAGUGCGUCCAUCUGCCGGAGGAUCUGGAUGCCGUGAAGCUAAAGUACAAUGAACAAUACAACUACAAACUGCCGCUAAGUUUGACUGGGGACCGAAGCGGGCGCUCCGGUAGCUGUGAUAAUGCUGUAAAUAGGUUAGUGAUACUAGUAAGCGUGAUAGUCGGAGCAGCACUGUCCAGGUGGGUUUUGUGAUGGCCACCGUUAGGGAGCAUUGUGAGGUGGAGCUUUCAAUGGUUUAUAUGUAAGAAUAAUUUGUAAGGAGUUGUUGUAGAAAACGCGAAAUAAAUAUUUAUUAGUCAAUUGAAAUUGUACUGUUUAUUU